CCCGCAAGGCCCUCCCCCGCCGCGGCGCCGGCAACACCGGCUUCGGCAACGGCGGCGGCCGCUCCGCCCGCGCCUACGGCCCGCACGACAUCGACAUGAUGGCCCUCCAGGAAGAAGCCGAGCGCCGCGAGCGCAUCCUCGCCGACCGGCGCCGCGUGGCCGCCAAGUGGCGCCCCAAGAUCCCCGAGGUCCGCAAGCCCGAGGACGAGCCCGACUACGCCGUCGAGGUCCUCCGCGCCCUGCGCCGCAGCGAGGAGACGGCCCGCGUCCGCAAGAGCUGGUUCAGCCUGUACGACAACCGCGGCGGUAGCGGCGACCAGCGCCGGAACCAGCAGAGGAAGAUUGAUCCCCUCGCCCAGGUGAAGCGCGAGAAGCGCAACGAGCUGCUCCCGUCCGACACCGAGAUCCAGCGCAUCCGCGUCCAGUCCCAGCCCUCGCGGUCGACGCCCCGCACCUUUAUGCGGCCCUUCAAGGCCCUGGUGUACUUCCAGCCCAAGAUGCGAGAGGAGCUCGCCGACGAGCAGGGCUCCGAGACCCCCUCCAGCGAGGAGGCCGAGGUCAUUGUCGAGCCCGGGUCGUCUUCUGAUACCGAGGACGACGACGAUGACCGUGAGUCCCUCGCCUCGGUCGACUCCAACGCCGACGAGGACUUUGACGGCCUCAUGGACAGCCCCGAGGCGCUCCGCGACAUGCGGUGCUACGUCAAGUUCAUCGACGAGGAGAUCAUGCCGCUGUACGCGCGCUUCGACGACAGCUCGGCCGAAAAGGUCAAGUUCGACGACCUCUGGUCCCUCUUCCGCGUCGGCGACCUCAUCCACAUGCCGGCCGCCGUCGAGGCCGGCGGGCGCUACCACGAGGUCUGGCGCAUCUACCGCAACGGCUGGGGCUUCUUUGACGAGUUCGACGACGUCGACGACUCCACCAAGUUCAAGAUCUCGGCCUACUACGUCGACCACGACGGCUCGACGUUCGGCGCCCGCUCCAUCGACUCGCUCCCCUGCUACCCGAUGCGCUACCAGCCCGGCCACGAGGAGCUCAUCGAAGGGCUCAAGGCCCAGGGCCGCCGCUUCCUGCACUACCUCGAGGACCGCCACCAGCAGCACAACGCCUGGACGCUGACGCGCAACCCGCCCUCGCACCGCAACGAGCCCGACCAGGAGAUCCUCGAGAACGAGUACUACGAGAAGAUGCGCCACCCGGAGUUCGUCGAGAGCGACGUCAUCGUCGACCUCACCGAGGCCUACCAGAAGAUGCCCAACUGGCGGCCCGACUUCCACCAGCUGGCCGACGAGAUGCCCAUCCAGCGCUGGUUCGACGGCGCCCGCCAGAACAGGUCGUACGUGCAAAAGGAGAUUAUCCAAAAGGCCGACGGCGUCGAGAGCCGCCAGCGCCGCGACAACCUCGCCGUCGACACCUUCUUGCGCAACCGCCUGCGCGGCACCCGCAACUUCGAGGCAAACGCCCAGGCGCUCAAGCUGCGCGACGAGGACCUCCGCCGCUUCAUGCCCAUCGACCUCAACCUGCUCAAGCCCGUCCGGCGCGAGGACGUCGUCCGCAGCCUCGUCAUGUCCCAUUUCCGCAAGAAGGAGCUCGAGCGCCGCUACGACCUCAUCCAGGGCAAGGGCCGCGGCCUCGUCGUCCUCCUCCACGGCGUCCCCGGCGUCGGCAAGACGGCCACCGCCGAGGCCGUCGCCAUGGAGAACAAGAAGCCCCUCUUCGUCAUCACCUGCGGCGACCUCGGCCUCUCGCCCUACGAGGUCGAGUCCCGCCUCAAGAACGUCUUCCGCCUCGCCCACCUCUGGGACUGCGUCCUGCUCCUCGACGAGGCCGACGUCUUCCUCUCGCAGCGCUCCAAGCAGGACAUGACCCGCAACGCCCUCGUCUCCGUCUUCCUCCGCGUCCUCGAGUACUACAACGGCCUCCUCUUCCUCACCACAAACCGCGUCGGCACCAUCGACGAGGCCUUCAAGUCCCGCAUCCACCUCUCCCUCUACUACCCGCCCCUCGACAAGACCCAGACCACCGACAUCUUCCGCCUCAACAUCGCCAAGCUCAAG